GAAAGAGAGAGGAAUGAGUCUGACAAGUAGUGACACACUGGGAAUUAUUGCGAAGUGAGCGCCACCAACACAAUUGUUUUUUACCCAUUGAAACUCAUUACUUUAAAGUGAAAAUCAAUGAUCCGAGAAAUUGGACUACCAGGCCGACCAUCUGAUGUCUGUUGUUCACGUGACGCCCAAAAAAAGACACCAGUUUUGCAUGUUGAGAGCAACAAGUUACAUAGACAUACGGAUUGGAGAAAAUUCCGUGAAAGAAGAAUGAAUCCCCCCGAUUUCACCCCUAUUAUAGCCAAAUAUCCUGCAUUAUGAGUUAAGUGUAUGUGGAUACUGAACCUAUAUAGAUAGAUUAAAUUCUGUUGAUUUGAAUUAGCUUAGAGGUGACAUUGGAAGUAAAUGGUUACCGCAAUGGUCAUUGCAAAUGAAGUAGAUACAUGAUUUAGUAAUCAAAAGAAUUGAACACUUGUUAUUUUACCCUCGAUGUCUUUUACCUUCAACAACAACUCAAUAUACCAAAUUUAUGCAAAAAUAUUAGGAAAAGGUUUUUUUGUCAUGUUUAACAUUAAUGAAAAAAAAAAGAGGAAUGAAAAAAAAAUUUAUGAUAAACAUUGGGUGGAAAUGAGAAACUAAAGAGAGAAAUAUUGAUGAAAUUGGUAAAUGUACUUGAUUAAGAUGGCACACAAGUUGAGGGUGUGGUGGGGAUGAGAGAAUAAGUUGCUUUAACAUACCUCUACAUACCUCUAUGCACUAGUAGUUAAGUUCAAGCGUCGUUCUCAAUAUCUUGCUUGUCUACGAGGAUCGAUAGAACACAUGCGCUCUCAGCAUACCGAGAUUUUCUUUCGUCACUACAAACUCCAGACCAUCUACUAAAUAUUAGAAGCAGCUCCUUCGAUAUGCAUCAAACCAUUUUCACCAUAAUAUCCUAUAUACCUCUGUGAAAUUAUCAAUUUGAAUCAGCUCGCCAUAGCAUACUCAAAGUAAAGUCAAUACUCACGAAAAAUCAACAGAAAAAGACACUCUGUAUAUAAAUAAAAAAUCUGGCUAUUUAUAGAUGUGAAAUAGUGGUGGUUUUGGAAUCUUAGUCAAGUCAUCUUCUAUUUCCGAUUCGAGUGGGUACAUUUGAAAGUUGAGAGGACGUUGUGUAUAUUGCUUGUUCAGAUGAUGAUGGAGGACGUAAAGCCAUCGAACGGUACGAGCAACUCUAUAGAGCACAUUAGUAAUGAAGUUGCUAAUGUGAAAAUAGAAAAUGGAAGGGAAAAAUCUUCACCAGGCAGCCCAGCCCCUGGAUGUGUGCAUGUGGCAGGGACGGGGAGUAGUGCAUCGAUCCUCACAAAUUUCAAAGCGUUCUCCAAAUUCGGAGAUACCAAAAGUGAUGGUAAACAUAUUACGCUCAGCCAAAGUGAUAAAUGGAUGAAACAGGCGAAAGUCGUCGAUGGAAAAAAAAUUACCACCACAGAUACUGGAAUUUAUUUUAAAAAACAAAAAUCUAUGAAAUUGAGUAUGGAACAAUACAAAGCAUUCCUGGAGGAAUUAGCCAAGGCAAAAAAAAUUGAACUCACUGAGAUAAAAAAUAAAAUGGCAAACUGUGGACCACCCGGAAUUACAUCAUCAGUGGUUGGUCCUAAGGCAGCCUCAGCAGUUGAUAGAUUGACGGAUGUGAGUAAGUAUACAGGCUCUCACAAACAGCGUUUUGACGAAACAGGAAAGGGCAAAGGAAUUGCCGGUAGAAAGGACAUACCAGAUGCCUCCGGCUACGUGCAAGGCUACCAGAAUAAAGACACGUACAAAGGGCAAUAGCUAUCCUACUAAUAGUGAAGAUUAUGACAAAUUCACCAUUUUUAUUCCGUUAUCAAUUUUAUUCCGUUUAUCGGAAAAAUUAAUGAUAUAUAUUCAAGGCGAAUCAUAUUGGGCGCCGAAAAAAUUUAAUGGUGGAGAGAGUUUGUGGCAAUGCGCCAAUUAAAAUACCAUCAUACCACUAACCCACUAAGUUAUUUAUAUUUCAAUUCAGAAAGUUAUUCAGAGAGUUAUUCCAACAAAAUAGUCACUUUAAAUGUCGAUCCUUAGAAAUUAUUCUGCAUAACUCUUUUUCUCUAUCUCAUUAUGUUAUAUUGAUUUUAAUGCCAUUUCCAAAUUAAACUUUAGCUCUAUCAUCUAAUCAUAAUAAUUGACGAAUGAAAGAUAUUAUUAACCGAAUCGAAAACUUGAAAAAACUUGAUUAAUAAGUAAAUAAUAAAAACCGUCAGGGGCAAUAAACUCUGCGGGCAUAGAGCAGUAUACCCAUUUGUGAUCCAUAUCGGUACAAAAAAACUACAUUUAUACUAAUUAUAUUUAA